UACCAUCUUGAAUGCUAAUAGUCGAGCGCCGUUUUUCUUAGACAGAAUUGAACUACGCAUGACAUUCAUAGUUAGGUGGUUGUUCCUAUAUGUCUAAUCAUUUGCAUUAAUUUGAACAGUUUCCAGACGGAUUGAUGUUACAAUGUAGUAGAAAUGCGAUUUUAAUCAUUCAACGUGGCGUAAGGUACAGAUCGAAUUACGAAUUACACCCAUUACAGACUCGUAGCAGUAUGCUUCUAAAGAGCUAUCUCACUGCCCAAUAUGACUACACUAUCAAACGCAUCCCAGUAUCCAGGAUCAAGUUUGGCAUGUAGGCUACUACCAGGAGAUGGGACACAGGUCCAGCCCAAGGCAGCGCUCCUUCAGCUUCUAUGUUUGGCUGGGGCCCAAGGGGAAACAUUCACACUAAAAGAGGUGAUGCAUUAUCUGGGUCAGUACAUCAUGGUGAAGCAGCUUUAUGACAAGCAGAGGCAGCACAUUGUGCACUGUCAGGAUGAUCCUCUUGGAGAGCUACUGGAAGUUGAAAGUUUCUCUGUCAAAAACCCAAAUCCAGUGUAUGAGAUGCUGAAGAAGAACUUAAUCAUUCUGAAUAAUGCCGACGCUGCAAAGAAUCUUUCUGUCGGCAAGGAUUCUAAUGAGCCCACGAGUGAAGAUCCUGGUCAGACCUCCAGCGGCCCAUACGAGUUGGGCCAGGCACCAGUGGGCUCUGGAUUAAGCACAUCCAAUGCUACAUCACAGCGCAGGCAGAGAGAGCCAGAUGGAGAGUCUCUUGAUGGUGUCCCUAGGUCUGCUUGCAAGCGACCAAAGCUGGAUGUUAGUCUGGAUGAAUGGGAUCUGACAGGGCUGCCAUGGUGGUUUCUGGGUAACCUGCGGAGUAACUAUGUCCGAAAGAGCAAUGGAUCCACAGACCUCCACACAAAUCAACUCUCCCUUGCGCAGGAUGAAGAUACAGCCAUAGUGUCUGACACCACGGACGACCUUUGGUUCUUGAACGAAGCAGAGAGUGAGCAGGUGAGCGUAGAGAUGAAGGAGACUGUGCAUCAUCAGGGGAGUGACGGCGAACUGCAUGAGGAAGAAGAAGGGGUAAAGGAGGACAAGGAGAUGCAAGAAGAUUUAGAUGAGGACUCCCAGUGCCUGAGUGACGAUACAGAUACAGAGAUCUUGACCCAGGAUGCUUGGCAGUGCACCGAGUGUCGGAAGUACAACUCUCCACUGCAGCGGUACUGCAUGCACUGCUGGGCUCUGCGUCGGGACUGGUACAAGGACUGUCCCCGCCUUGCUCAUGCUGUAUCUGUGCCCGAGCUGCCCAUCACCAGCAGCAGUCAGGAAGUUGCCAAGAAUGGUGAUGAUAUUGAUGUGCCAGACUGCCGGCGGACAGUGUCUGACCCAGUGAUCCUUCCCUCGCAUAGUUCUGUCAGCCGACCACUUUCCUCCAUCAAGGACAAGAGUUACUUACAGCUCCCAGGUAACCCAAAACGGGGUGGCUCGGAGGGCCCAGGGAGCUCAGAAGGGGACAGCCAGGAUAUGUUGGAGAUGGAGAUGGAUGAGCGGCCGGAGGCCCUGCUGGAGCCGUGCAAGCUAUGUCGUGUGAGACCCCGCAAUGGCAACAUCAUCCACGGCCGCACAGCACAUCUCAUCACAUGCUUCUCUUGUGCUCGCAAACUGCACAAGUUCCAUGCUCCCUGCCCUAGCUGUGGCCAGAUUAUCCAAAAGGUCAUCAAGACCUUUAUUGCUUAGUGGAAAAGCAAUGCCCACUUUACUUUUGCUUUAUUUUCCUUUAUUGAGAUGGUUGAAUUAAGGUACAUAAUAAUUGGUGAUAUCUUUGUUACUUUAUUUGACCCUCUAAAGGGAAUUGCAUCCUAUGUUUGCCAAGUGCCAUGUGAUAUGUUAAAGGUAAUUUAUAAGAUAUUUAUUUAUUUAUUUGACAUUUUUGGGAUUGUUUUCCCGACAUUGGGGUAACUGCAGCAUUUUUUUCUACAGAUUAUAGAUGUUUUACUGCAGAUGCCUUUAGCAAUCAAAAGUAUUUGAUCAUUUUAAUCAUAUAUUGAUGAAAAAUAAAAAUGACUCACUCACAGUUACAUGCAAGAAGAAGGAGCUGUGUUUUUUCUAGAUAAUUCUUUUUGGCAUUUCAAAACUUCAAGCUUUCAGUUAAUAUUGGCAAUUAUGCAGUUGUAAGGUUGAAUAUCUAUGAAAAUAAGUAUUGGUGAGUUAAUUUGCCAUUAUAGUAGGCUCAAUGCUAACUAGUCUCUGUAUUGACUAGCUUACUAUAUAACAUCAAGUGGUCAUGGGGUGAAUUGUAACAUGCUGUUUUGGUGCUGAUCCAGUCGGUUUGUUAAUUAUCAUGUCAGUGUUAGUGUGAGGGCAUGCUGUCUAGUGUGUAUGUUCUGUCGCAUGUUGUGUUUCUUUGGAUAGGCUCCAGGCUUACUAAAAUGGUUAUUGAUGUAUAUAACCUGUUAGGAUAAAAUUAUAUAGGAUGGACCAAAUCCCAUCUCCAAAAGAUAAUUCAGGGAAUAUCUUCUACAGUUAAGGACUAAAUUAUUAACCCCUUUUCUGAAAUUGCGCAAAACAGCUUUUUUAACUUUUUCAAGGAAAUUACUAGUAUCAACAAAUUUACAAGAUAAUUACUUCCAAAAGAAUAGAGAGAGAUUCUUUGCUAAGAUUGAUGAAAAUAUUUUAAUGAUGUACUGAGUUGAAACAAAAAAAAAGAAAUGACCGUGCCAAAAUUAUUACCCCUCUGUACCUUUUCUGAUUUACAUUUGGGGGCAACCUCUUACUGUAGUUCCUAACAAUGCUGACAAAUGUCUCGAGGGAUCUUAGCCAGUUCCUCCAUGGCAGAUUGCUCCUGCUCAUCCACAUGAGAUGGUUUGAGCAUAAACCUCAACCUUGAGAUCCCACCAAAGAUUCACAAUGGAAUUGAGAUCUGGGCUUUGAGAAGGCCACUCCAGGACCUUGAUUUUGGUGUCCUUCAAAAAGUUCUAGACCAACUUCCAUGUGUGCUUUGGGUCUGCAGACUGGCGGCAUAUUUCUUCAUAUUAUCCUUAUAAAUGUCAAUGUAAUUUUCUUUCUUCAUGAUCCCAUGUACCUAGACAAGGUUACCUGUGCCCGAAGCAGCAAAUCAACCCCACAGCACUAUGCCCCCAACACCAUGUUUACCAUGGGACUCUGCUUUUAUGAUUGAAGGCUUCCCUUCCAUUGCCAGAUAAAAGCAACAUCCGUGUGCCCAAACAGCACUGGUUUUGUCACAUCGGACUAAGGAGGAGAAUUCCAAAACUCAUCACCAUGUUUCAAAUAGUCCCAGGCAAACUUCAUUCUGGCUUAGAUGUGCUGCUUUGUGAAUAGUGGAAUUUUCCUUGGGUGAUGACCUACAGUAGAAGCCCACCAUGAUGAAGAGCCCACACAACAGUAAUUUUUGAUACUUCAAACCCAGAAGAGACUAGUUCAGAGACUUUAUCUUUACAAAGAUCUAGGGAUUCUUUGUGAAAUCUCUCAUCUUCUUCUUCAAAGUCUUUGAUAUUUUUCACUUCCAACCAUGUCCAAGUUUGAUUCUAACAGACUGUGUCUCCUUGUAAUUUGUGAUGAUGCACCAUUCAGCUGUUCUGGACACUUUGAAAUGCUUGGAAAUGGUAGUGUAGCCAUACCCAUUAAGAUGGGCAUCCACUACCUUUUUUUUUAGGUGCAGACUUAUUCCUUUGGUUUUUGGCAAGAUGAAAUUACUUGUUACAAAGGAUGUAAAUCUUUCAAGUGCCACUAGCCCUGGUCAUUUGAGUCCAUUUAGUAGAAUUUAGUGCUGAAUGAUUGAGCUAAUCAAGUCAUGGGGUUCAGGUGUGGUGUAAAACUAGAAAACUUCAGUUUGCUACAGUUUUUCCUAAAGAAUUCAUGUGGGGGCUAAUAAAUUUUGACUGUCUUCAUUUAAAAAAAAUUCUUAUACAACAGUGUAGCAAUAAUUUUUAAGAAGUUCAAAAUUAAACAAUGGGGGUCUUUACAUCGAUACUAACAUCCCCUUAACUAAAAUGGUCAUCUUUCUCCUGAGCUUCUUAUAUGUGAUAACUAUUAGAACCCACCUCCCCUUGCUCGCCUGGUCCUCUACUCCCACAAUUUGCUUGGCUACAGGAGAAGCAACUUGGAUAGCCAAUGGACAGUCCACCUCAUUGUUAUCAUAGAAUGAGGUUUUAUCUGGGGGCUACUGUAUUAUUUUUUGGUGCUCUCAGUAUGAGGUCUUUGAAGAUUGAGUGCCACUAUUGGUGAUACAUGUGCAUGGAGACAAAGCAGAGUAGAACAAAGCACUAAUUUUGAUGAGCCCAAUUCACUGCUGCCCACCUUCACAUUGACAUACUCCAUCCUCUUAUGGUUAAUAGCCAUAGCAAGACUUGGGUCUAAUGAGCUGGGAAUGAAGGUUGUAUGUGGGUGUGUUUGUUUAAACCUUAUUCCUUUACAGCUGCUGUCUCAUGAAGUACCCAUAUUGACUGGGCUUCAGCAAAAAAUGUAUUCUUUUCAAAGUCAGUUUACAGUUUGAAGGUAUUUUUAAGUGUAAAUCUUCUAAGAACUUAAAUCUAAUUCUUUGUAUUUUUUAAAUAUUGCUUAUUUUUUGGCAUACUUCGCAGAAAUUAUUUGUUGCUGUAAACGCUUAAUGGUAUAUCGGGUAUAGUGAAUGAACAUACCUCCAUCCCAGGAGCUAAGUUGCCUGGGGCUUUAUGCCUCUGGCAGGGUCAUCCAAGGAAAACAGGUCCUGGGUGUGGAACCAGACGAAGUGCAGCUCAAAAGAUCCCUUAUGAUGAACAAAAACAUGGGCACACGUUUUCCCUCGCCUUGACGCGGGUCACCGGGGCCCCCUCCUGGAGCCAGGCCUGGGGGUGGGGCUUGAUGGCGAGCGCCUGGUGGCCAGGCCUGCACCCAUGGGGCCUGGUUGGGCACAGCCCGAAGAAGGCACGUGGGUCCCCCCUCCAAUGGGCUCACCACCUGCAGGAGGGGCCAAAGGGGUCGGAUGCAGUGCGAGUUGGGCAUUGGCCGAAGGCGGGUACCUUGGCGAUCUGAUCCUCGGCUACAGAAGCUAGCUCUAGGGACAUGGGCCUCUCUGGUGGGGAAGGAGCCUGAGCUGGUGCGCGAGGUUGUGAGAUUCCGACUAGAUAUAGUCAGGCUCACCUCGACGCACGGCUUGGGCUCUGGAACCAAUCUCCUUGAAGGGGGUUGGACCCUCUUCCACUCUGGAGUUGCUCACGGGGAGAGGCGCCGAGCAGGGGUGGGCAUACUUAUUGCCCCCUAGCUGGGCGCCUGUACAUUGAGGUUUACCACAGUGGAUGAGUGGUUGCCUCCCUUCGCCUUUGGGUGAGGGGACGGGUCCUGACUGUUUGCACUUAUGCGCCCAAUGGCAGUUCAGAAUACCCACCCUUUUUUGAGUCUUUGGAAGGGGUGCUGGAGAGCGCUCCUCCCGGGGACACUCUUGUUCUGCUGGGGCACUGCAAUUACAGAGAGACCUAGAGGGGAUUGAUUGGAAGGAACGCCCCCCCGAUCUGAACCCGAGUGGUGUUUUUUUAUUGGACCCGUCACAGAUUGUUCAUAAUGAACACCAUGUUCAAGCAUAAGGGUGUCCAUAUCUGCAAUUGGCACCAGGACACCCUAGGCCUCAGUUCAAUGAUCGACUUUGUGGUUGUGUCAUCGGACUUGCGGCCGCAUGUAUUGGACACUCGGGUGAGGAGAGGGGCGGAGCUGUUAACUGAUCACCACCUGGUGGUGGGUUGGCUCCGCUGGUGGGGGAGGAAGCCAGUCAGACCUGGCAGACCCAAGCGUAUAGUAUGGGUAUGCUGGGAACGACUGGCAGAAUCCCCUGUCAACUGCUACCUCCGGCAGAACUUCUCCCAUGUGUCGGGGGAGGUAGGGGACAUUGAGUCCGAAUGGGCCAUGUUCCUCACCUCCAUUGUGGAACACGGCUUCAGCGGUUGCUGAGAUUAAAAGUCGGUUAUGGGAGGAGUUUUGAGAGACAAUGAAGAACGACUUCCGUGUGGCUUCAAGGAGAUUCUGGUCCACCAUCCGGCGGCUCAGAGCAUGAAAGUGGUACGGCAUCCAUACUGUUUAUGGUGGGGAUGGUGUGCUGCUGACCUCAGCUCGGGACGUUGUGGGUCGGUGGAAGGAAUACUUCGAAUACCUCCUCAAUCCCACCAACACGCCUUCCAAUGAAGAAGCAGAGUCUGGAGACUUGGGGUUGGACUCGCCUAUCUCUGGAGCGGAGGUCGCUGAGAUAGUUAAAAAGCUUCUCAGUGGCCGGGCCCUGGGGAUGGAUGAGAUCCUUCAAGAAAGGGGACCGGAGGGUGUGUUCCAACUAUAGUGGGAUCACACACCUCAGGCUCCCUGGUAAGGUCUAUUCGGGGGUGCUGGAGAGGAGGGUCCAUCGGAUAGUCGAACCUCGAAUCCAGGAGGAGCAGUGUGGUUUUUUGCGCUGGCCGUGGAACAGUGGACCAGCUCUAUAUUCUCAGCAGGAUACUGGAAGGUGCGUGGGAGUUUGCCUAACUAGUCUACAUGUGCUUUGUGGACUUGGAGAAGGUAUUCAACCACGUCCCUCGGGGAGUCCUAUGGGGAGUGGUCCAGGAGUUUGGGGUUCCGGGCUACCAUAUUAGGGCUGUCCGGUCCCUGUACGACCGGUGUCAGAGCUUGGUCUGCAAUGUCGGCAGUAAGUUGGACUCUUUUCCGGUGAGGGUUGGACUCUGCCAGGGCUGUCCUUUGUCACCGAUUCACACAGAAUUUCUAGGCACAGCCAGGGUGUUGAGGGUGUCCGAUUUGGUGACCUCAGGAUUAGGUCUCUGCUUUUUCAGAUGAUGUGGUUCUGUUGGCCUCAUCAGACCGUGACCUUCGGCUCUCAUUGGAGCAGUUCGCAGACGAGUGUGAAGCGGCUGGGAUGAAAAUCAGCACCUCCAAAUCCGCGACCAUGGUCCUCAGCCGGAAAAGGGUGGAAUGCUCUCUUCAGGUGGAGGAGUUUAAGUAUCGCGGGGUCUUGUUCACAAGUGAGGGAAGGAUGGAGCGGGAGAUCGACAGGCAGAUCGGUGCAGCCUCAGCAGUGAUGCGGGCACUGCAUCGGUCCGUUAUGGUGAAGAAGGAGCUGAGCCAAAAGGCAAAGCUCUUGAUUUACCAGUUGAUCUACGUUCCUACCCUCACCUAUAGUCAUGAGCUAUGGGUAGUGACCGAAAGAAUGAGAUCGAGAGUACAAGCGGCCGAAAUGAGUUUUCUCCGCAGGGUGGCUGGGCUCUCCCUUAGAGAUAGGGUGAGGAGCUUGGUUAUUCGGGAGGAACUCAGAGUACAGCCGCUGCUCCUCCGCAUUGAAAGGAGCCAGAUAAGGUGGCUCGGGCAUCUACUUAGGAUGCCUCCUGGACGUCUCCCUGGUGAGGUGUUCAGGGCAUGUCCCACUGGGAGGAGGCCCCGGGGAAGACCCAGGACACGCUGGAGGGACUAUGUCUCUUGGCUGGCCUGGGAAUGCCUCGGGAUUCCCCCGGAGGAGCUGGUUGAAGUGGCCGGGGAGAGGGAAGUCUAGGUUUUCCUGCUGAGACUACUGCCCCCGCAACCCGACCUCGGAUAAGCAGAAGUUGAUGGAUGGAUGGAUGGUAUACCUCCGUCCACAAAAAAAGUCGUAUCUGUUUAUUAUUAUUUGCAUAAUGAAUAAGCGCGAUGAUCAUAUCAGAUGUGCAAGUCAGCAUGGAAGCAAAAUGCUUAAGAGUAUCUACUGUUUGUGCUUUUGUAAGAAAACCUUGUAGAGCCUCUUAAUAUUGUUUUUAAAGCUCUUAACUGUUGCUGUUAGUUCACAAAUAACAGUGAGGGGAAUGUCCUUCUAUUCAUGUGCUUGGGGCAGAAAAGUGUGGUCUUUUCACCAUCAGGUGGCAUUAUAUUCUGAUGCCUAAUUCUCCUGUGAUUGUUUUACGCUUUUUACUUUUCUUUCUAAUGUCUGCACCUGCAUAUUUUGUAAGGCAGAUUUGAGAAUAGCUACAUAGCGAAGGUGCCUUCAGACUGGUUUGUCAGUGAAAGGAUUGACUAUGCUUUUACAUCUCUAACUCUUGGUGUUUAGUAACAAGCUGAUCCAUUGUUUCCAUUUAAUAAAUUCACUGCCACUGUGUGUGCAAGGUAGCAUGAAGAAUAUAUGAUAAAGAAUAUUGCCAUUUUUAAAAUCCUUGUUUUGUGAAUUUGUGCUGUAAAAUCACUGUAUAUGUGGGCAAAUCUAAUUUUAUAUUAAAAGUAUUUUUGCCUUGUG